AAAUGUCUUCGCAGUGCAGCGAGGAGUUACCAGCGCUGCGCUAGAGCACUAUAAUUUUAUGAUGCACACAUGCGAUAGUUACUGAGCAAUAUUCAUUACCACUCAGAUAUUCUGAAAGUCCUUCCCUUGGUCCAGCGUGUCUUCGGGCUUUUACCUGAACUGUGAUAUGCCACGAUGAAACAGUCAAGCCCAUACGCCAUUGUUAUGCUCGUUUUAUGGGCUCUGUUAUUUGCCUUAUGUUUAAGCCCCACUGAAAGCUUCAAUUUAUUCUCCUUCAGGAAGAAAAAGGCUUACAAUAUACGAAAGUUUUUUGACACCGAGGAACCGAUUUGGACGUAUACGACGAGCAAACGGGCUAAUGUUUGGUGUGAAGUCGGCGUGACGAACAAUGUUACCGAGAGUUCAGUAUCUUUCAAACGAUCGUCAUACGACCGCAAAGGGAGGACAUCGGGCAUCCUGGAGGGAAAACUUUCGGACAGAAAGAAACACAUGGAUAUUAAGAGUCAAGAUGGAGUAUACACACUGCAUGAGGACAUAAUUUACAUGAACCAAAACGGCAGCUGCGCUGUAAUCAUGGUAACGACAGCUUUUGGAGGGAAGCAAUCAACGUUCGAUCUACGGGUGCGGAAUUCGUCGAUCGCGUGGGGACCUACUGAGAAAUGCAAGAAACACUUCAAAAAGCACGAAGCUCAAGGGCAGAAUAUUUAUCAACCGCAGUGCCAGCGCAUACUCACCUAUAAUUAAGUGGCUGGAAUAAAGUGGACCCGACUGUGAAUAAAAUCAAUACAAAGGUUGAA